AUGGACGAGUUGGUCGCGGUAGUGCAGAGUUUACGGCAACAGCUCAGCGACGUUGGUCUGAUUCCAGAAGCCAAUCUACCGGUCGAUUGGAAAGACAAGUUUGUUUCAGCACAUCACCAUUGCAUUCGCGAUGCACUCAGUUCAGCAAACCGCAGUGUCGACAACGGUCGAUCGAGUCUCCAUGGCUCGGGUAAUGUGGAUGCUGGUAUUGAUCACGAUGCCGACCCAACCGUGCGUAUUGCUUAUUUAUCUCAGAGGUUGGAUUCGGCCCGUCAGUUACUGCUAGAAAUCGGGAAUGAAAAACUUCGUCAAGAUAAAUUGAUUUCAUUAAUGCAAUCCUCCAAUGAGCGGGAACAACGCAUUCUGAAUGAACAAUGUCAGUCUCUGAACGAACAGCUUGAGGAACUUCGAGAGAAACAACGAGUGAUACAACAGUUACAGAUUGCCUUAACCGCGAUGGAGACGUGUGAUGUGACUCAGUUCUCAUUACCAGAUAACGCUCGUCUUGUUGACAUCUCAUCGUUCCGCGACGGCCCCGCUGGCGAUGAAUGCAUUCCGCACGAAGUGAACUCAAAGAAUCACGGGCCGGAUGGUGAUAAUGAUAAUGUGCAGCUGAUUCGACAACAACUAUUGUCGGUUUCUCGUCAUAACCAAGAGUCCCAUAUGACAUCGGUGAAUCCAGAUGAGGAUGAGAUCAUUUCCCCCCGGAAACCAGCGGUUGUCUUGUCUGAAGUGCAUGUGGGAAACCUAUCAAAGCGCAGUGCUCGUCGUCACCAAACAGAUACAUACAGCCUAGAUGUGAGGAAUUCGUCAAAAGGAAGUUCGAUACGUCAGCCAAUGAUGACGGAUGAGCUUGUCUGUUUGUUCAUACCGGAUCUCGUGAUUUUUCAUGGCGACGUUUCAUACCGACGAGCUAUACAUUGCCUGUCUUUCUUCUACUCGUCCGCAUAUGCACCCACAUCAAUGAAUACGCUUCAUGAGCAGACUGAUGCCAGUGCUCAGACUGGUAGAACUGGGAGCAGUGUUGCAGAUACGAACACAAUGUCCUUGGCAACCGAAAAUGUAACAUUCCUCGACGCCACAAAAGAGAUUGCUCCUCUCUCGCCCUACUCUUCCGCGGUCGACUCGCUUGCUGAUCUGCCCACUGUUAGCACACCACCAGGAAUGCCCGACUCACCGGACUAUAGCAAUGUCAUUGAAGAGCAUGAUGCGGCAGCUUCUCACGGUUCUUCAGUCACCAGCUUGCACAAUUUGUUCAGUGCACCUCAGGAACGUCGAGAGCAAUCAAAACAAUCCACGAAAAAUAUCCUUGUGAGUUACAAGUCGGAUUUGUUCUUAUUUGUCACCGUUCUCUACACCCAGCCACAUGGUUGA